CGCUGAAUCGUAUGCACUCUUUGGUUUCAGGAUGUGCAAUGAGGUUCCAAAUGGAGAGAUUACUCAAAAUAAUUCACCCGAAACAGAGACGCUUCUUCGAGAGGGGCGGCUUCCAGAUCUGGCAAGGAAUAACUCUAAAAGUGCAAUCGAGGCCGCAACACAGCGUCGGGAUGAGGAGAGUUUUCAUAAGUCCGCAAAGCACCCGACAACUUAUGCAGAGACGCUCAUACAUUACAUCAAAG